GGCAGCCAUUUUACUCCAUUCGCUGCCUGAUCACUCUAACACUGAUCAAUCCUCACCUCCUUCCAGCUUCACCUCGAUUAUCCUGCAUUGGUUUCUGUGCCUAAUUUUUGACUUGGUCACGGGAUCUUGCGUCUCCAUCGCGUUUUGAGACCCUGUUCAUGUUAGGCAGUUCUAGGCAGAAUCGCGCUAUCGGCGCCCAAUACAUGGAUGCGGAUGCCCAGGCGCGUCGGCAGUCUCAAUUCGCACCAUAGCUUCAAAAAAACUCUCGUUAGAGCCAGGGCCCAUUCUACAACCUCGGGGAGCAUCCAAUGUUAUAAAGGGGAGCUGAUGUCUCUGAACCGUGGCACGAAACUCGCACGACAUCGUCCUCUUGCAAUCACUGCACCUUCGAAUCUCAUAGACUCCCGCUCGUCAUCUUGUCAAGCUCUACUUUGGGUCCUUGCCUUCCGAGAUGGCAUCUGACACUCUCCCUACCUUGCCGGUGCCCCUGGAGGGCCUCGUCAACUAUGUUGCCAAACAUCCUGAGACCCCAAUGGUGGAAUUGAUGGAGCCUUUCCGCAAGUAUGAAGGCCAUCUUCGCCAGGCGUUCGCUCAAGACCCGGGCAACGAGCUGCUCAAGGAUCCCCACGUCAACGUCUUGCCUCUCUUCACUGAGGACACGCCCAACAUCAAGAUCAGGGCACGCAACCUGGCGAGCGAGUCAGAAGAAGAACGAUCAAAGUACAUCAUGCCCCUGUCUAAGGAGGUGCGGCGUCCGCACAACUCGCCUGCCAUCGUCCAGUCCCUCAAGGACUUCCAGCGCAACUUCAAUGUCUUCUCCGAAUCCUCACUUAUUGAACUCGACUGGAGCAAUGUAGUUGCGGCUGGAUCCUCCGUUGUCAACAGUCUCCUUCCAGUCCCAGAUGAGUACAACAAGUCCAAGCGUGGCCUUCGGGAGUUUUACCAUGAGAAGUUCAGUCCCGCAUCUGAUGUUGACCUGUUCCUGUACGGACUUACGGAAGAGCAAGCGGUUGAGAAGAUCAGAGAUAUCGAGGCACGAAUUCGGGAUGCCCUUCUCACGGAAACCACCACUGUUAGAACCAAGCAUGCUGUCACUAUCUGUAGCCAGUACCCGACUCGUCAUGUCCAGGUAAUCUCGCAGCUAGCAAUUCCCCGUCCACUACCCGGUGACCUCCGCUCAUUCUUCGCAGAUUGUUCUCCGUAUUUACAAAUCCGUUUCGGAGAUCUUGACUGGCUUCGACGUGGAUUGCUCGGGUGCUGCCUACGAUGGCAAGCAGGUCUACUGUACCCCCCGUGCCCUUCAGUCAUUCAUAACCCAGAUCAACCACAUCGACUUGUCGCGCCGGAGCCCGUCGUAUGAGAAUCGCCUCUCGAAAUACAGUCAUAGAGGCUUCGAAGUGUACUGGCCAGACCUUGACCGCUCCCGUAUCGACCCGACCAUCUUUGAGCGGAGCUUCCAGCGGACCCUUGGACUAGCACGACUUCUAGUCUUGGAGCGGCUUCCCACUUCAUCCGCUAGGUCCGCGUAUAUGGACAAACGUCGUGAGGAAAGAGGUCGUCCUGCAAUCAACCGCU